AUGGCGACUACGAACGAGCCUCCAAAGACUGCCAAGCGCGAUGCUCUCCGUGCCCUUGAAGGCAAAGCCCGUCAUUUGUGGAAUGAAACGAAGACGUUCGAGAUCGACGCUCCCACCAUCGAAGAACACGCCAACAGUGCCGAUUUGCAUCAAGUUUAUCCAAAGUACAUGGGGUGCAUGCCAUAUCCUUACAUGAACGGUCGUCUUCAUUUGGGUCACGCUUUCACGUUUUCCAAGGUCGAAUUUGCUGUUGCUUAUGAGCGAAUGAAGGGCAAGCGUGCUUUGCUUCCCCAAGGCUUCCACGUAACUGGUAUGCCUAUCAAGGCAUGUGCUGAUAAGUUGUUGCGUGAGAUGGAAUUGUUCGGCAGACAUUUUGAGAACUACGAUGAAGCAGCACUGGCCAAGGAACUGUCAGAAAAGGCCGAAGUCAACAAGAACGUCAAGAGCAAGGUCGCUGCAAAGACGGGCAAUGUCACUUACCAGUUCCAGAUCAUGGAACAACUCGGUAUUCCACGCGACGAAAUUUGCAAGUUUGCUGACCCUUACUUCUGGACCGAGUAUUUCCCUCCUCAUGCCAUGAAGGAUUUGGAUGCCAUCGGUGCUAAGGUUGAUUGGCGCCGUGCUUUCAUCACCACCGAUGCUAACCCUUACUACGAUGCGUUUGUUUGCUGGCAAAUGAGAAAAUUGAAGAAGAUGAACAAAGUCAAAUUCGGUGAACGCUAUACUAUUUACUCGAUCAAGGAUCAACAGCCUUGCAUGGAUCACGAUCGUCAGUCGGGUGAAGCUUUGGGUCCCCAGGAAUACACGAGUAUCAAGAUGACAGUGUUGGACUGGUCAGAUAAGGCUCGUGAAGUGCUGGGUCAGGUCAAAGAAUUGGAGGGCAAGACCGUUCAUUUGGUUGCUGCCACCCUGAGACCCGAAACCAUGUACGGCCAGACCAACUGCUUCGUCGGCAAUGAUAUCACCUAUGGUGUUUACAACGUCAAUGACAAGGAGGCUUUCUUGUGCACUGAGCGUGCCGCCCGUAACAUGGCCCAUCAAAAGAUUUUCGCCCAGGAAGGUGUUAUCAACAAGCUUGCCGAGUUAAAGGGUGAUGCCGUUGUCGGCACCAAGAUCAAGGCUCCUUUGAGUAUUUAUGACCAUGUCUUUGUGCUUCCAAUGGAUAACGUUCUGUCCACCAAGGGUACUGGUGUCGUUACUUCCGUACCCUCUGAUUCGCCUGAUGAUUUUGCCACUGUGUCUGACUUGAAGAAGAAGCCUGAGUACUACAAGAUUAAAGCCGAAUGGAUCGAAAGCUAUGAGCCUGUGGAAAUCCUCGAAACCCCUUCGUACGGCAAUUUGACUGCUCCUACACUGUGCAAACAAUUGAAGAUCAACUCGCAAAAGGAUACCACUCAGCUUGCUAAGGCCAAGGAGUUGGCAUACAAGGAGAGUUUCUACCAAGGUGUCAUGGUUAUUGGCAAGUACAAGGGCUUGAAGGUCCAGGAUGCCAAGCCUAAAAUCAAGGACGAACUUAUCCAGGCUGGUGAAGCUUUCGUUUACAACGAACCUGAAGGUCUGAUCAUGUCUCGUUCUGGUGACGAGUGUAUUGUCGCAUUGAUGGAUCAGUGGUACUUGGAUUAUGGCGAAGAGGAGUGGAAGGCUGAAACCAAAAAGUGCUUGGCCAACAUGAACACCUUCACCAACGAGACCCGCAACCAGUUUGAACAGACUCUCGACUGGCUCAACCAAUGGGCUUGCGCCCGUAGCUUCGGUUUGGGUACCAAGUUGCCUUGGGAUACCCAAUUCUUGGUCGAGUCAUUGUCUGACUCCACUAUCUACAUGGCUUACUACACUGUCGCUCAUCUUUUGCAUGGCGGUUCCUUGAACGGUUCGCAAGUUGGUCCUGCCGGUAUUCGCGCUGAUCAAAUGACCGAUGGCGUUUGGGACUACAUCUUCAAGCUCGGCCCAUACCCCGCCGACUGUGAUGUUCCUCAGGCUACUUUGGACAAGCUGCAGCGUGAAUUUGAUUACUUCUACCCAUUGGAUGUGCGAGCCUCUGGCAAGGAUUUGAUUCCCAACCAUUUGACUUUCUUUUUGUACAACCAUACUGCCAUAUUCCCUGAAGAGAAGUGGCCCCGUGGCGUUCGUUCGAACGGCCACUUGUUGUUGGAUAGCAAGAAGAUGUCCAAGUCCACUGGUAACUUUAUGACCAUCUCCGAUGCCGUGGCCAAGUAUGGUGCUGAUGCCGCUCGCUUCGCCCUGGCUGACGCUGGUGAUUCUGUCGAAGAUGCCAACUUUGAGGACUCGACCGCCAAUGCUGCUAUUUUGCGCCUGUACACUUUGCUUGAAUGGUGCGAAGAACAGAUUACCAAGCUGGAUAACUUGCGCACUGGCGAAUAUAACUUCUACGACCAAGUCUUCAUCAACGAGAUGAACAAGCUGAUCAGUUUGACAGACGAGGCUUACGCCGCCACCUACUAUCGCGAUGCUCUCAAGUAUGGUGUCUUUGAGCUGCAAGCAGCUAGAGACCAUUAUCAGCAGGCUUGCCUUGAAUUGGGCAUGCACAAGGACUUGGUUCUGAAAUACAUCGAAGUUCAAACCUUGACUCUUACCCCCGUCUGUCCUCACUGGUCUGAACAUGUGUGGGGCAACGUUUUGAAGAAGGAGGGCACUGUCACAUUGGCUGCAUUCCCCAAGCCUUCUGCGCCAGUGGACGAAUCAAUUUUGGAAGCUGCUGAAUAUAUCCGCCGUAGUAUUAAGUCCAUCCGUGAUGCCGAACUGAACUUGCAAAAGAAGAAAAAGAAGGGCAAACAACUCGAGUCUGAUUACAAACCUAACGCACCCAAGUCGCUCAAGAUCUUCGUUGCCAGCAAGUUCCCCGAGUGGGAAGAGGAAAUUCUUACCGUUGCUAAGAUUGGCUAUGAUGAGACAACUGGCAAGUUUGAUGAUGUCAAAGUCCGUCAAGAACUUAGUGCAAAGGGUUUGCAGAAGAACAAGCGUGUCAUGCCCUUCUAUCAAGCACAAAAGAGAAUCAUUGAAAAGGCUGGCCCAUCAGCAUUUGAUCGUGCCCUCAGAUUUGAUGAAAUUGCUACCCUCAACACGGCUACCAAAGAAUUCCAGCGUGCACUUGGUUUCCAAUCCAUCCAAAUCAUUAAGGUCGAGGAGUGCGCCGAGGAGGACAAGCGUGCUGCCGAGUCUUCUGCACCUGGAAACCCCUCGUUCUCUUUCAAGAAUGAGUAG